UUACAGUCUUCGUUGAACAAAAACCCUUUCCUAUCUCUAAAACCCGAGUGGCCUCUCCCUACGAUAACCACGACGAAAAAGUGGUCGAAGAAGAUCGAUUCGCCACCACACGCACCAACCAUGAGCUCCUUCAACGGAAACAUGGACAACCUACUACUCCAAACCCUACUCGGCCGCCUCCAAAUCCGCCCCCCAAGCUCCCCUUUCCUCUCUCAAUCCCUAGACGACCUCCUCUUCAAAUCCGACGACACCGAUGACGAAGAAGACCUCGAUUCCCAAAACAAUCUCGAACGGGAAGAAGCCAAGCUCGAGAAGGAGCUAAUCCGCGUCAUCGUCUCGGGUCGAAUCGACUCUCUGAAGCCCAAUUCGGGUCAAGCCGUGACGGUCAACGAGCACCACAUCUGCGUUGGGUUUCACGAGGAUGAGGAGUCGGAUUACCGUGUCUGGGAGUGGCAUGGGCAUAUCAUGCUUUUCGAUGAGGAGAAUGGGUACACGCCUGAGUAUAUCUACGGGAAUUACUUCGAGAGGUUGCCUGUGAAGUUGCUGCCGAGUCAAAGAGGAGGUGUGGGUAAGGAGAAGAAGGAGGUGAAAGAGGAGGAGGAGGAGGUGGAGAGUUUGGGUGGUUUGAGAGAGUUGAUUGAUGGUGGAGAUGGUGAUCGUGGUAGGGUUCUUCACAGGAACAUCAACAUUGGUUCCUCAAGGGCCUAAUUCCUAGGAGCGGUUUGGCAGGGAGAGGUCACAUUGCUCGGGAAGAUUUCAGAUAUGUGUGGACAGACAACUCAGGGCAAAAAAAGAAUAACGCGUUACGGAUUCUGUUCCGUUCUAUUUAAACCCAUGGGUGAAAAUCACCUGAAGUUGUUUCUUCUCCAAAUUUACAAUACAUGUUGGUGAACAGAGCAAAGAUUACACAUGAUUAUGGUUAUUGAACCCAAAAGCUUUGAACUCUC